CUUAAUUUAUGUGUAUGUGUUUCAUGAAUGGGAACAAUCCAAUAGCUCAAAAUCUGUCAAAAGUUAGGGUCUAAUCUCAAAACACCCAAAAAAGGUCCAUCUUCACCUCGGAAUCGUGAAAAUUCCGAGAGACUCAGUGACUAAUGUCCCCCAGUGUUUCAUGAAUCCACCGGAGGCGAUCAAUUCCUCCAAAAGAUCCACCUAACCUCCAAAAAUGGUACUGAACGAGGGUCCGGAUGCGGAAAGCAUCGGCUGCGGCUUCAACGCCUUCCAAGAGAUCGAGGAGGUGAAGAAGCUCGUUGGCUCUCUAAAGACCUCCGACGCGUCAGCGGUGACAAUCGAAUCUAAUCGAGACCGUUUCAAAUUCAUUCUGUCCCUCUACCAGGAACAGCCACACCUCCUGGACCCUUUCCUAGACGAGAUUCUCAAGCCAAUGCUGGAGCUCGUGAAAUGUGACGCUGUCUCUGAACCAAUAAAACACAACACCUUCAAGUAUAUGUUUCUCCUGAUGAAUGUAAAGGGUUACAAGAAGAUGGUGACGUACCUCCCCCACGAGGUGAUGGAUAUGCUACCGGUGCUAAGACUUUUGGAGAAGCAAGAUCCAAAUGACUUGCAAACCUGGGAGACCCGUUACGUUCUACUGAUCUGGUUGUCAAUAAUCUCGAAGAUUCCGUUUCCCCUGUCCCUGUUGGAGACUUCCCAGGACUGUGAUCCAUCCCAGACUAUCAUGGGGAGGAUCUUGAACCUGUGCAAGCAGUACUGCCUGGUCUCGGGUGCUUGUCCCAAGGCGGCAGUCUUCCUGAUUUCCAAUUUUCUGACUCGAUCAGACGUCAAGAGCCUCCACCUCGAGGAGAUGAUUAUGUGGUGUUUAAAGUCUCUUCAGGAGGAUCCAUCUACUCAUGGGCCCCUGGCGGUUCUCGCCUCAAUUCUCAAGCACUCAGCCCGGGAGGACCUCAAGCCCCACUGCCAGACCAUCUUUGACAGCCUUACGAGGCUAGAGCUCAGUAAAUCGGGACACGCAGGGGACCUUGUCUGCCGGUACGAGAUGAAGGUCAUCCAGAGGAUUGGACUCAUACUCCUCCGGCCAAAACUAGCCACCUGGAGGUACAAGAAGACAUGGCAGACGAUCAAUCUUCUCCAGAACAGCGGAACAAGUCCUGUGGAAGCGCCCAAGACAGCCCCCGAGGAGGUCGUCAGUGAUAGUGAUGAAGAGGAUGUGCCCCCCGUCACUGAGGAGAUUAUUGACCACUUGAUUCAGGGGCUCAGGGAUAAGGUGAUCGCCAUCAGGUGGUCGGCGGCCAAGGGCAUCGCCAGAAUCACCUCUCGCCUCCCGGUGGACCUGGGAGACGAAGUCGUGGGCUUCGUUCUGAACUUGUUCUCGGGAAGGGAGCAGGAUGCCGCAUGGCACGGAGGCUGCCUCGCCCUAGCAGAGCUGGGAAGGAGAGGUCUUCUUUUGCCGCAUCGUCUGCCGGACGUCAUCCCAGUUGUUCUGAAAGCCCUCGUGUUCGAUGAGCCAAGGGCGUAUGGCUCCAUUGGGCGAAUCAUACGGGACGCCGCGUGCUAUGUCUGCUGGUCCUUCGCCCGGGCCUUCGAGCCCUGUGUCUUUCACCGCUACGUUAAGCAAAUAGCUUCCACCCUCCUCGUCGUCACCUGCUUUGACAGAGAGAUCAAUUGCCGGAGGGCUGCCUCCGCUGCGUUACAGGAAAACGUCGGACGUCAGGGUACUUUUCCUCACGGCAUAAAAAUCAUGACAGCUGCUGAUUACUUCGAGGUGGGUGUGAGGAGCAAUGCAUACUUGAAGAUAAGUGUGCGUAUCGCCCAGUACCAGGAAUAUACGAUUCCAAUGAUGCAUCAUCUAGUGGAGAGGAAGAUCGGUCACUGGGACACCGCGAUCAGAGAGUUAUCGGCAAAGGCCCUGGCUAACUUAGCCCCCAAGAAUCUCAGCUAUAUGAAGGAGACUGUUGUACCGGCCCUUCUCGACAAUCUCAAAUCGAUCGAUUUGAACGUGCGCCACGGCUCGAUCUUUGCCCUCGCCGAGUUCCUAGAGUCCAUGUGCGAGUACUCCAUCGAGGAGAUUGAUGGUAUCAUUGGAGUUCGCGGGGUGGAGGAGAUCAAGAACAUCGUCACCACCUUCCGGUCGAGGGGACAGUUUAAGGGUCUAGGGGGUGAACUGAUGAAGCAAGCUUGUGCGACGUUAAUCAACUGCUGUGCGCAGAUACGGUUUCGUAUUUGUGAUCGUACAAUGGCUGGAGACUGGCAACUAUUCUUGGAGGAGUGUCUCAGCCACGAGGUUACGGGGGUCAGGUUCAAAGCCGCUGAGACUCACACUCAUUUCUUCGGAAAGUACUACUGUGAGGAUUCGAGUAAGAACGAUAGGAAUAUAAUUGUCACUCGGUACUUAGAGAAUCUCAAGUCGAGCCAUCAGACGGUGAGGAUUGGUUUCGCUGAGGCUAUCGGAUAUUUCCCAACGUUCCUUCUGAAGGAGAGGUUCGAGGACAUCGUGUCUUCGUUAAUCCUCUGUAUGAGCAUUACUGACGAGACGUCCAAAUGGGCGGAGAGCAGGAAAAAGGCACUUCAGUCAUUGACGAUGGCUAUGCAGACACUCGGGGUCGAGGAAGUCCGCACCUGGAGACCAUUCGUGACACAAAUGUUCAGGUGUUAUCUUCUGGCCCUUAAGGAGUACACGAUUGACAGUCGCGGAGACAUUGGUGCCUGGGUGAGAGAGGCGGCCAUGUCGGGGCUGCACGUAUUGACGAACCUCGUGGCCCAGGCCAACAUCUCGGAGAUACUGAAUCAAGAGAUGAUGACGGAGAUUAUUGGCGGGAUUGCCCAGCAGGCAGUGGAGAGAAUCGACAGGACGAGGGUCCAAGCUGGCAUGGUCUUCUCCGGACUACUCUACCGAGAACCAAAACUCCCCAAUAUUCCACACCAUCACCAGCUGCGAGAGAUAUUCCCCAAUGAGGAAUGUAAGGACGACAUCGACUGGAAGACCGAGUCACACACCUUCCCCAGAUUCAUCAAGAUGUUGAAUUUCCCAGCGUACACGGAGCCUCUCCUAAGGGGCCUAAUUUUCAGCGUUGGAGGGCUCAGUGAGAGUCUCGUUAAGCACUCCAGUGUCUCGUUGUUCAUGUAUUUUAAUGAACUGAAUGGGUCAAGGCUCGACGAACUCAUGGCCAAAAUUCUGGAUAUCUUUGAGGACUGUCAUAAGGAGGAGAGAAUGAUCACAGCAAUUCUUCCGUUUUUGGACAGGCUCUUGAGCUCUGGUUGUGUUCAGGUCGUCCUAGAUGACCCGGAGAGCCCAUUACCUGAACGGAUGCUGGCGCUGUUGAAGAAGGAACUCAAGUGCAUGACCAAUGUUAAACAUAUUACUGCCAGCAUCAAAGUGUUCUCGCAAUUGUUGCAGGUGAGAGGAUCUGUUGGCAAGCAGGCAUUUACUCAACUAAGUAUUCUUCUGUGUAAUAAGUACCAGUGCAUCAGAAAAGUAACAGCAACUCGAUUAUACGAAGCAUUCACUCUCUACGGCGAGGACAUGGAUCUCCCAGAUGAGAAUCUAUCAAAUAUUCUUACGGAGCUCAAUGAGACCGACUGGGAACAGCCUUUGGAGAUUGUUAGACCGAAGCGAAAUCAUCUCUGCGAACUAAUGGACGUGGCCAUUCCAGUUAUGAAGAAGAGGGCGAGCUGAGAAUGAAGACCAUUUCAUAAUGAAACAAUGUAUUUUAGGAAUGCCACAAUAGUUUUGACAAAUUGUGGAGCUAUUGAAUUUUCUAAUUGAUUUCUAUUUUUUAUCAUUAAAUGAACAAAUUUUAGCUUGAAAA